AUGGUUUGGCUUCUCGACGAUGUCUACGACAUGAAACACCGGGCCUACAUGAUGCGCGAGAAGGAGAUGAAGCUUGAACCUUCGAAGAUUCGGUAUCACGGGGUCUCUGGUCCUGCCAUGCCUUACGAUGAGCGGUACACACCGUACAUCAAGCAGGCAGGACUACUCCCGUGGAUUCAGUUGGCUGAGGCUGAUGUAGAGGAGGGAGAAGAGAAGAAGAAGGAAAGGAAAGCAGCCGGAGCUGCUUUCAUGUGGAUUCAAACUCACUUUGCGACGUGCCCUCCGGAUGCCACUGAUGAUAUGAUCCAGACACAUGCUCGUGUCUACAUGUGGUAUGUUGUGUCGAGGACUUUGUUCCCUGACUCCACUGGCAAGAACGCUCCAUGGAUGUGGCUGAAGGCGUUGACCGUCUUCGAUAGAAAAUGGAGCUGGGGUUCAGCGACUCUUGCCUACUUGUACCGACAGCUGGAGGAUGCAUGUUGCAGGAUCACAGGUAGUGCAGGCAUUGGUGGUAAUAUGCUUCUACUUUCUGUAUGGAGCUGGGAGCGUCUGCCUAUUGGAUGCCCGAAGAGCGUCAGGUUUAAUCCUUGGUAUGAAGAUGAAGAUGACGAAUUACGGCGCCCCACUUGGGCUUACAAGUGGGAUGUGGUUUCCAAGAUGACGAACGAUGUCAAUCUCAUGUACCAGAAGUACGUUGCCAAGUUGGACACGAUUACGCCUGAGCAGCCUCACCCGCCGGAAUGGGUGGAUACGGACAAAGCACUUCAUAGUCCACUUGCUUUUGAUAACUACAUACGAUGGCUUCUUGAAAAUACUCAAGUUGAGAUAUGCCCGCUGGCAUAUAAUGAGGAUAUUCUUGAAGAACCUGUAAACUUUGAGGAUCUAUCAAAGGGGAAGUACAACAGAGAUGUCAGGGUAGGGCACGGAGUCCCUGCUGUUCCGGUGAUUAACUAUGUGCUUGAUGAUGACAUGACUUUGGCGGACGCUCAACUUCGGUCCCCAUAUGUGUUCAAGCCUAGGCAGCCUAGACGACGGUACACGCCCAACGACUUUGACAACAGAGGCAACCCAAAGGUGGUCGUAGGGACCUCGCGGAUGGCUAGCUUGGAUCAUGAGGCGGAGGAGGAGGCGGAGGAGGAAGUGCAGGAAGAGCAGGCUCGUCCACCCAGGAAGAAGAAGAUUGCCUGUAGGCGUGGCACCAGGAACACGCGCGGAAGGCAUUAGUGUUUGUUACUAUGGAAGUGCUCUAUUGUAGCCGUUUCGUUAGG